GCACCGGAAGAUGAUGUAUAAAAGAGUAAUGCAUGAACCUAAAGAUUAUCAAACCUUGUGAAGCGUUCAUAUAUUAUAGAAGAACUUCGAACAAGUAUUCAAUCGAACUAAACAAUGGAUUCCGGACUGUCUCAUCGUACCCGUAAAUCUCGAACCGCAGAAGUGUGUCGUCUUUGUCUGCAGCAGCGAUAUCUCGUAAAUAUCAACGCUAAUCAAUACUUAGGAAUGCAGCUCAAAGAGUGUUUUCCCCAAACAUUGUUGGAUGAUAAGGAACUCCCUCAAUUCGUAUGCGGCGAAUGUUAUCAACUGGUCGACAUCACCUACCAAUUCUCCGUCAGGAUGCGUCGUACGGAAGUGUUGCUGCGAACUUACGUUCACAUGGGAGGAGAUUUUCCCGAACCGGCUAUGCUAGAGGCCGUAUAUCAAGGAACAGCGAAACGAUCGGCAUCACCCGAAAGAGAGGACGUUUAUGAGCCACCAGUUAAAAAGAGAGUAUCGUGGGAAACAUAUUCCAAGACAAGUAAGAAAGAUCCCAAAUAUGCCGAAAAGGAUGACCAACCAAGGUCGAAAUACACCGAAAAGGAGCGCAAACCAUCGAAACAUUCCGAAAAGGAUCAGACCAGGAAAGAUUCAAAACACACCGAAAAGGAGGGUCAUAGAUCGAAGGACCGAACAUCGUCAAAGCACGGAACAAAGGAUAGGAAAUCAUCGAAGCAUGCGGAGAAAUUAAGAACCGACAAUAAAGCAAGCGAGAAACGAUCAAAUUCAACAAAAGACCAAGAAAGGGGUUACUACAAGUCGGACAAGUUCUUGUUCGGCGAAGCGGUGGACACAAACCGAGACGGAAAACGAAACGACUCAACUGAAGAAACAACGAAUGAUGCUGCAGCAGCGCGCCCUGAGAUAGCCGCAACCAAUUUGACAGGUAUGAACCUGAAAAUGUCGUAUGAGGAUAUGUUGAAUGCACUACAAACGAUUCAGAACAUCGAGAAUAAACAACUAAAGGCAAUCAGUGGACCAAUGACUUAUGUAGAUGUUUAAAAAUGUUACAAUAAAUAUAGGUUUUUUUACAAGAAAUAUUUCUUUUGAGUUUUUAGUUAUAUAGAGCAAGAAUAAGCCCAAUAU